AUGGCGUCGGCCACGGGUACCUCAAAAGGAGAUCCGCCUCCGCUGAUGGCGAUGCCUCUCGGCGUGGUGCUGAUCUUCCUGUCCGUGGCGGUGCCCAACGCGGUGCUGCUGUACUUUUUCUCCGCGGUGGACGACAUGCAGGGCUUGAGACUCUACAACAUGGUGUCGCCCAACCAGAUGAGCCUCGCAGGCGACGGCGUCUUGUUCAUUGCCUUCUUGACCUGCUCGUUGCUCUACGUGUUCGGCUGGGUUGAGUGGGGGCGAACAUGCCAAGGAAUCGCUCUUGUCCUGCCGUGGAUGUUCAUCGUGGCUCCAUCCUGA